AUGGACUUUCCCAACAACUUAUUCGGAAAUGCAGCAUGCUCUGCAGAUGGUCAAAUGAUCCAAAAUCCACUAAUGAAAGCAAUGGAAAACCUUAUGAUUGCUGGACAAAUGAACACAAUAGAUUCACAAUUCAAUGUCGAUUUGCAUGAUCACUUUGAAGACGCAUGAGAAGACGCAGGGAUUAUGGAUCCUCACCAAGCUGAAUUAGAAGCACAGUGGCACAUACAGCAAGCCUCUAAUUAUCAAGCUGAAAUAGAAGACCAAAUGCAAACUGCAUGGGAAAAUAAGGGCGAGCAAGGCCUUGAAGAAGUAUGAAAUAUGGGGAAAGAAGAAGAAAAAGGAGAACUUGAAAAGGUAUGAGAAGGGCUCACGGCUGAAGAAGAAGAAAAAUUUGAGACUUUAUGGGAUAUGGCGAAUCCAGAAUAUCAAGAAAUGCUGGUAAGGUGAGGAAAAGAAUGGGAAAAGAAGUCAUCGGAGUAUGCAUUCAACGAGGAAAACCCAUUUUUAGAAGAAAACAGUCCUUUUGAAGCUGCUUUAGAAAAAAUAAAAACUGGGCUUACCCCAGAAGCAAUUUUAUUGCUAGAAGCCGAACUUCAUAGAAAUCCUGAGAAUUCUGAAGCAUGGGCCAUGCUAGGGAAACUGCAUGCCGAAAAUGAUGAAGACGUUCGUGCAAUAGCAGCAAUGAAAAGAGGAAUCGCAAUAGAUCCUUAUAAUUUAGACUUGCUUAUGAGUCUUGGUAUAAGUUGCACAAAUGAGUAUGAGGAAGACGAAGCUUUAGGUUACUUGAAAGCUUGGCUUGAAAACCAUCCUGAAUACUGCGGAAUUCAAUUACCUUUUUCGCCUACAAAAGAUGGGAUUAAAGCAGCAUUUUCAAACGCAAUUGAUAAAAAUCCAACAGACCCAGAUUUGUUCCAAGCUUUAGGGGUACUUCGAUUUUUGGAUGACGAGCUAAUAGAUGCAGAACAUUCCUUUCAUGAUGCUUUAUUGCUGAGACCUGAUGAUGCUGCAUUAUGAAAUCGCUUGCUCCCCUCCUCCGAGAGCUAAUCAUUGGAAAAUAUCUAUAUUUUGAGUAAAAACCCACCUUUAGUAAGCAAACAACAAUUUUAAUAUACAAAUUUUUAUGACAAAAUAAUUUGAUAUAUAAAUGAUAGUUAUUAUAAUGAAAUCUCGAGCUAAUUCUGUUUAAUUUUAAGCAGCUUUCAUUUUAAAAAUUAAUUUUACAAAUUAACUUAAUAUUUGCUUUCCAAUUUUAUGAAUUUUUUUUUAAAAACUAUAAAUUUAUAUAUAAAUUUUAAAAAAAAAUUAUUUCUCCUCUGUGAGAGAACAAAAAAUUUUGUUCGCUAGAUGAGGGCGAUCUAGGAGCUUCAAUAGCAAAGCAAGGAAAAUGGGAAGAGGCUCUGCAAUGUUAUUAUAAAGCAUUAGAGCUUAGGCCUGACUAUGUGAGAACGUGGACUAACAUAGGGAUUUCUUAUGUCAAUUCUAAAGAUUAUGUCAAUGCUGCAAGAUACUAUCUCUGCGCUCUUUCACUAAAUCCAGAUGCCAACCACUUGUACAACUUCUUGAACAGCACUUUUGUAUGUAUGGAAAGAAUGGACUUAAUACUCAAACUAGAAGCCAGAGAUCCCUUAGCUUUUGCUGAUGAGUUUCAUAUUAUAACAAGGGAAGAGCUACCAAGAAGCUCAGAAUGGGUUGGAAGUUUUAUAAAUUAA